AUGUUUCCAUUCGGUCAAUCCCCCUGUGUUUACGAACGCCAACCUGCUUACGAGACAUUUGCCCCAUUUGCAAUUGUCCCUGGAAACAAAAAAAGAAGAGUGUGUCAACAGUCGCCCCACCGCGCCAGUCUUCCCAGAGGCCGGGAUUCGGUGAACUUUGACAUCACUGAAGAAAACGACCAGUAUGUGGUCUCGAUUUACAAGCAGGUCAGUGAAAACUUGCUGUCCGAUGCUGUUUGUCGUUAUUUGCAAAAAUUGAAAGAGACCCGCGCUCCAACCUACCAUGUUGUCAGAGACUUUUUUGGCAACGAAUACUAUGUGGAAGACGAACAAGACGAAGCUGCAUUUGUAAGAGAGGCGAUGGCCAAUCUAGACAUGGCUUCGAUCCAACGUCAAGCCGCGAAGAACAGUUUCAAAGACUAUGAAAUAAUUUUGAACCAUAGAGGUGACGAGCUUGUAUUGUCAAGCCGUAGGGACAAUAUAUACAAAGAAUUUGCACUAGGCGUGGAAUUUGAGGAUAUAUGUGUCAAUGGCUUUGAGAUGGUGAGCGAGAAUGUAGCGGCAUUGAGAAUCGGAAUCAAAAAGCCCAUUCAAAAGGCAGCUAUUCUUCCACUUGAGUCAAGAAUGAUCGGUUGUGACAAUGCCACAAGAAAGGCAGUAGUCCUAAGGGAUGAGUCUGCUCAAAGAGAAGCUGCUGAAAGAAAAGCUGCUGAAAGAAAAGCUGCUGAAAGAGAAGUCGCUCAAAGAGAAGCGGCUCAAAGAAAAGUUGCUGAGGAAGAAGCUGCUCACAGAAUGCUCGUAUUACAACAAGAAGUUGCACAUCGCGAAGCCGUAAUGAGAGAAGCGAAAAGAUUACAAGAAGAAGCUUUGAAAGCUGCCGAAGAGACGCGUGCUAGAGAAUUACACAUGCAGAAGAAAGCUGAAAAAGCUGCCAAGAAGGCCGCUGACCACGCUGCUAAGAAUAAGAGGAAACACGCAAUCGCCGAGAAAAAAGCGUUCCUGAUCGAGGAAAAGAAAAAGCGCCGUGACGAAGAGGCGCGCGAAAUGAGCGCUUCGUCGAACACCCAUACGCCUUCACGUUCCAGCAGUGCUUCUCCAGUGGUCAUCAACAUAAACUUCGCUGCACCAACAGGGUCCGAACCGCAGGUUCCUCAAAAACAAGUUUCUCAGCAACUACAAAAAACACGCGGCCGCUCUCACUCGCCAGUACUUGAAGACGUUGACGACGAAGAAGUUGAUCGUUACCGCAAAUCAUUUGAGCGGUCUCCAAGAGGAUCUUCGAUCAUCGAUAAUCCAUAA